GAGGAGGAGGAGCGCGCGCUCAGAGACACAAGUACACAAAUAAGGGGUAAAAUAUUUUAUGAAACAAAUCUUCAAUCAAGUAUAAUAUUGUGAUGCUUGGCAUCUAGACUCCUUUGCCCUCACUAUGCCAGCAGCAACUGUAGAUCAUAGCCAAAGAAUUUGUGAAGUUUGGGCUUGUAACCUGGAUGAAGAGAUGAAGAAAAUUCGUCAAGUUAUCCGAAAAUACAAUAAUGUUGCUAUGGACACCGAGUUUCCAGGUGUGGUUGCAAGACCCAUUGGAGAAUUCAGGAGCAAUGCUGACUAUCACUACCAACUAUUGCGGUGUAAUGUAGACUUGUUAAAGAUAAUUCAGCUAAGAUUGACAUUUAUGAAUGAGCAAGGAGAAUACCGUCCAGGAACUUCAACUUGCCAGUUUAAUUUUAAACUUAAUUUGACGUAA